GUUUAUGGUUGAAAUAUGUAUUAUCUGUCUAUUCAAGUCAGUCAAGUUCCAGAUCAACAAGUAGAAAGUCAACACAAUGCAAUCGCGCAAGAAUGUUCUCAAUUUAAUGUCAACUAUUGUUGGCAAUUCCUGUAAAUGUCCAGCACAUUCCCAUAAUUAUGGAUCAACUAUUUUACCAAGAAAAAAGGAAUAUGCAUUUGAGAUGUCUUCUUCAACUGUGCGCUUUGGACCUGGUGUCACAAAUGAAUUGGGAGCAGACUUAAAGAAUUUGGGGUCGAAAAAUAUUUGCAUUGUUACUGAUCCGAAUGUAAUAAAACUUCAAAGUGUUCAAAGUGCAUUUGACUCGCUGACAGCAAAUGGAUUGAAAUUUGAAGUUUACGAUCAGACAAGGGUGGAGCCAACCGAUGCAAGUCUUUGGCAUGCAGCCACAUUUGCCAGAAGUCGUAAUUUUGAUGCGUUCGUUGCGAUUGGGGGUGGUUCAGCUAUUGAUACUUGCAAGGCAGCAAAUUUAUUUGCCAAUGAUCCUGAAGCAGAGUUUUUGGAUUAUGUUAACAAACCUAUUGGACAAGGGAAAGAGAUUUCAAUGAAGCUGAAACCAAUGAUCGCAGUACCUACAACAUCAGGAACUGGUUCGGAAACUACGGGAGUUGCAAUUUUCGAUUAUAAGAAACUGCAUGCAAAGACAGGCAUAUCAAGCAAACUACUUAAACCACAAUUGGGUCUAAUCGAUCCCCUCCAUACUCUCUCACAGCCAGAAAGAGUAACAGCAUACUCAGGAUUUGAUGUAUUUUGUCAUGCUUUAGAGAGUUUUACAGCUAUCGAAUACACUGAACGUGGCCCAGCCCCAGAAAGUCCCAACUUGCGUCCACCAUAUCAAGGACGAAAUCCUAUUUCUGAUGUUUGGGCCAGAUUUGCAUUGCAAGUAAUUCGAAAAAACUUUAUAAAUGCCAUCUAUCAACCAGAUAAUAUAAAAGCUAGAUCUGAGAUGCAUUUGGCAUCGACAAUGGCAGGUGUUGGUUUCGGAAAUGCUGGAGUUCAUCUUUGUCAUGGACUUUCGUAUCCCAUUUCGGGAAAUGUACGAACAUUCAUACCGGAAGGUUAUAACAAAGACCAUCCAAUUAUUCCACAUGGACUAUCGGUUGUUAUAACUGCACCUGCAGUGUUUGAAUUCACAGCUCCAGCAUGUCCAGAGAGACACUUGGAAGCUGCUCAAAUUUUAGGAGCAGAUGUGUCGAAUGCAAAAUUAGCUGAUGCCGGGAAAAUACUCGCCGAUGUGGUGCGUGGGUUUAUGCAAAAAGCUGAGAUUGAAAAUGGAUUAAAUGGAUUGGGAUUUAAGAAGGAAGAUAUCGAUGCAUUGGUUGAGGGAACAUUGCCACAAGACAGAAUAACAAAAUUGGCUCCGAGAGAACAGAGUCGUGAAGAUUUGGCAAAAUUGUUUGAAAAUUCAAUGGAAAAUUAUUAAAAUAAAAAAGACUUACCUUUUAUAUGAUGUGAUGAAUAAAAUAAUUAAUAAAAAAAUAUUUUUUUACAAAUAAAAUAAAUAAAUGUACACAAAAAAUU